AUUCCUCUACUUCCUGCAAUGAAGCUCCCUGGAGGAGUCAUCAGAUUCUCAAUCUUGCUUGAAGACUGACAAGAUGUCCCUGUGGACUCCCAAACAUACUCCAGAUGGGGAGGGGUCCUUAACACCAAGAUUUUAAAAGCUCCAGUUUCAGAGCAAGAGUCAAAAACUCACAGGUAAAGUUAUAGUAAUUUCAGCGUUCUGAAAAGACGCAGAACAUGAAGGUACUCAGAAGUCUGGGAGCAACAAUCAUGGCUCUUUUCCUGGUGUUUUUUUUCGUGGGAAACUCCAGCUGCGCUCCGCAGAGACCAUUGGAGAGAAGGAAUUGGACUCCUCAAGCUAUGCUCUACCUGAAAGGGGCACAAGGUCGCCGCUUCAUCUCCGACCAGAGCCGGAGGAAGGACCUCUCCGAUCGGCCACUGCCGGAAAAACGAAGCCCAAAUCCCCGACUACUACCUAUUCCAGAGGCAGCAACCAUCUUACUGGCAUCCCUUCAGAAAUCACCAGAAGAUGAAGAAAAAAACUUUGAUCAGACCAGAUUCCUGGAAGAUAGUCUGUUUAACUGGUGAAAAUAUACUAGAUUAUGUUUAAUUAUAGUUCUAUUCUCUUUGAAAACAUGAACCAUGUGUAUAAAACCUUUGGACCCUUUU